AUAUAUCUUUUCACUAUAAAUAUAUAUAUAUAUAAAUUAACCCAACUCAUCAACAAGAGUAGUUAUUUUCUCAUAGAAAUUAAGUUAAUAAUAAGCUUUAUUAUUAUUUAAAUAAUGGAGAAGAAUCCACUUUCAUCAGAAGAAGAGAAAUCUACAACAACAAUUCCAAUCUCAUCAUCAUCAAGCUCAUCACGUAGUAGUAUUUUCAUAGCUCAAAUCUGUCUCAGAAGCUUAGCCAUUGUUUUUGCCUUGGCUGCAAUUUCUCUUACACUCACUGAUAAACAAACCAUCUCACUAUUUGGUCUUCAGUUCAAAGCUCGUUACUCUUACUCCUCUGCUUUCAGGUUCUUGGUUGGUGCUGAUGCAGUAUUGUGUGUCUCAUCUUUACUGUCCUUGAUCUUUCUUUUUGGUCUCUUGAAGCGUUCUCAGCCAAACUCACUCCAAACCAAGUUGUUCUUGCUUUUUGUGCAUGACACCGUAAUGAUGGUGUUGGUGGUGGCGGGAUGUGCGGCGGCGACCGCCAUAGGGUACGUGGGGCGGCACGGGGAAGUACACAUGACGUGGCAAGCUGUAUGUGAGCAAGUGCCCAAAUUUUGCAAUAGAAUGAUGGUGGCUGUGAUGCUUUCUUACUUGGCUUUUCUUGCCUAUUUCACCUUAACUCUUCUCUCUGCUCAUCGUCUCAUGACUCGUCCAACUCAUUGGACAAUAUGGACCCAACUCAGACCUACUCAGUCUCAGAAUCCUUCAGCUGAAUGACUGAUUCAACUAUGUUAUUUUAUGUUUUUGUGGCCUAUGAAAUAAAUAUCAUAAUAUAUAAAAAUAUUUCUCUUGUAUAAAAUGUUUCAGUUUUAUUAAUUUUUAGUCGGUGUAGUUAAUGGUGUUACCCAACCCUUUUUUUUACAAUAAUGUUAUAGAGCUUGUUUGUUAUGUGGCAUUGUUAAUAAUAAAGAAUUGAGUAUUGUUAUUAGGCA